UGAAUCGUCUUAAUAUACACAGCAAAUUAACAGCAUUCUCUCAUGUGGAAAGAGCAGAAAAUGUCUUAUAUCUUAUUUUACAUACUGCUGAUGCUCAGAGUGGGACGAUGCGCAGCCCAGCAAAACUUUGUAAGAAAGACUGUUGCUGUUGGACAAAAUGUGACUCUAACAUGUGCCCGUCAGUCAUCUGAGAAUGUUUGGACCCUUUUUUGGAUCAAGCUCGUUGCUGGAAAGUUGCCUGAAAUCUUGGGGAAAGCUUUUAGCUUUGAUCAUGAUGAUGGUGUGAAAGGAAUUUCUCGCAUUUUUUCCAAACAAGAGCCCGAUAGAUUUGAUCUCCACAUUACAAAAGCAAUGUUGAGCGAUACUGCAUUUUACUACUGUUUGAAAGUCAAGCGUCUUAACAUCACUUUUGUGAAAGGAGCAUUUCUGAAUAUCAAAGGAUCAGAACCUGAUAUCACUGCUGUCAUUCAGGAGCCUCCAUCUGAUUCAGUCCAUCCAGGAGACUCAGUGACUCUGCAGUGUUCAGUCCUCUCUGACCCUGAAGACAAAACAUGUCCAGGAGGUCCCAGUCUGUUCUGGUUCAAAGCUGGAUCAGAUGAAUCUCAUCCCAGUGUCAUUUACACUCAUGGAGACUCUGGUGAUGGAUGUGACAAGAGUCCUGAGGCUCACGCUCCACAGAAAUGUGUCUACAGCUUCUCUAAGAACGUCAGCUCCUCUGAUGCUGGGACUUAUUACUGUGCUGUGGCCACAUGUGGGGAGAUAUUAUUUGGAAAUGGAACAAAAAUGGACAUUCAAGCCCCUAACACGCAGGAGGACAAUACAGUUCUGCUUCUGUUAUGUGCUGCUUUGGCUCUAAGUCUGAUUGUUAUAACCUGCCUGAUUUUUACCAUCAAGAAAAAUUCUUGUGGUUGUUGCAAAGCUCAAACAGCCUGUGGUGACCAGCAAUGUCAGCAGAGAGACGAGAACUCAUUGGUUUAUUCUGCACCAACCUUCACCAAGAGCAAAGCUGCUAAAUCAGGGAAAAGGAAUGUAAAAACAACUGAAGGAGGGAUAAUCUACUCUGACGUCCGGACUUUUGGAUCUGCCAGUUAAAGCUAAGAUAUUUUUGUGUUUUACAAAGCAGCUUCUUUCCAAUGAGAUGUAUAAACUAUCACUGUCAUUUGCCGUUGGUAACUAUAUUUAAAAACUAAAUUUUUGUCCAGUCUGAAAUUGUGUAAAAGAUAAGAAUAUCCAGAUUGGAUCAUUUUCGGCUUUUGGUGACAUGAGUUUUGUGCAUCUACGUCUUGAUUUAUUUUUGUGCAUUUUCUCUUAUUAAAGUCAUUGAAGAGUUUUAUCAGGCCACCACUCAAACAGGCUUUUUCAAAGAUUCAUCUUAAAGACGACGAGGGUUGAGGGAGGUUUUUAAUCUGUGUUUGUCUUUUAUCUGCUGCUCAGUUUUAAGUCUGUUAACAUCUCUCAUGUAUCAAUGUGUACAUGAUAUGUAAAACUAAUUGCAGUAAAUAAAACUUUUAACAGAAAUCUAAAAACCUGCGAACAUAUUUUCAGUUUGUGCCCCACAACUCUGCACAACAUUGCACUACUUCACCAUUUGCACAAUACCG